CGGAAUUGAGGCGUAUUGUUUUAAACUAAUAAAAUAUAAAUAAUCUAAAUUAGACUCCUCUAGCAGUGUGUAUAAAUUUCAGUAGGUGUGGUCUGGAGCGCGGCCAACUUAAGACCUAUUGUUUGGAUUACAUACAUACAUACAUAUGCACAUGUAUUUACAUAGUGUGUUGUUUUAACGACAAAUACACCAGGCGAGAUAAGCGAACAUUGGUGAAUGACACAUACCUAGGUGUAAUUGCAAUUGAUUUUUCACAAUCGCUGCUUCAAAAUGGUUGCCAUCCAACUGUUUAACGAAAUCGGCAGUAUAUUCCUUAACACGCCCACAUUUGCAUUAGUUUUAGAAGCUUUGCUGCUGCUCUCCGUGAUUUGGCUGGUGCUGCAUAAGCGUGGCAGCGGACGCCGUCGAUAUACUAAGGAAGAGGAGGACUACUUGAUUGAACAAUAUGAGCCGGAGCCCUUGGUUACCGAGACGGAUCCAGGGCAUCCGCUGCUGCGAAAGCGCCUUGUCCAGUCUAGGGUGGGCAAGCAAAUUGUAGUCGAUGGCCACGAUUGCCUCAACUUAGGCUCUCACAACUAUUUGGGCCUUUUGGAGGAUGAAACAAUAUUGGAGGAUGCCUGCAAGAGCUUACGGAAAUACGGCGUUGGCUCUUGCGGGCCACGCGGAUUCUAUGGCACAAUGGAUGUCCAUUUGGAAUUGGAAGACCGCAUUGCCAAGUUUAUGGGACUGGAGGAAGCCAUUGUGUAUUCUUAUGGCUUCUCCACCGUGGCCAGUGCCAUUCCCGCCUAUGCGAAGCGUGGCGAUAUUGUCUUUGUCGAUGAGUCUGUGAACUUUGCGAUACAGAAGGGCUUGGAUGCAUCCCGAAGCACUAUUAUGUUUUUCAAACAUAAUGAUGUCAACGACUUGGAACGCUUGUUGGCUGAGCAGGAAAAGCGUGAUCAAAAGAAUCCAAAAAAAGCCGCGAAAACUCGUCGCUUUUUGGUUGUUGAAGGUAUUUAUUUGAAUACCGGGGAAAUAUGCCCGCUGCCCGAGCUUGUAGAGUUGCGCAAGAAGUACAAGCUACGCAUGUUUGUGGAUGAAAGCGUAUCUUUUGGCACUUUAGGCAAAACGGGUCAUGGCGUCACAGAGCACUUCAAUGUGGACCUCGAUGAAAUCGACCUGAUAUCUGCCAGCAUGGAGGGCGCUAUGGCCACCAUUGGUGGUUUUUGUGUUGGCUCACAUUUCAUCGCCGAGCAUCAGCGGUUGUCUGGCUUAGGUUACAUAUUCUCGGCAUCGUUACCACCCAUGUUGGCACAGGCGGCGAUUUCGGCAUUGGACCGUUUUGAACGUGAACCAAAAAUAUUUGCGGAGCUACAGGAAAAAGCACGGUUGGUCCAGCAGAAGUUUGGGCUCUUCUCCAAAUUAAUUUUGCGUGGAAAUGAACUGUCUCCUGUAAAGCAUUUGUAUUUGUCGCAGUCUUUGGGUGAGAACUUCGAGGCAGAGCGCAAGUUGCUUACUGAAGUAGCGGACAAGUGCAUUUCGCGGGGCGUGGCGGUUGUUGAGGCAGCUUACUUGCAGAACAUUGAGCGGAAACCUGUGCGUCCCAGUCUACGGAUUGCUGUUAGCCGUUUGCUGGACGAAGCAGACGUUGUCAGAGCCUAUGACAUUAUUGAGAGCGUGUCCAAUGAAGUGCUUUAAGCACAACUGAGAAUAUUAUUCUUCUAUGUAUUCCUGUAUUUGUGUUAAUUUACUUGCGUUUUUUAGUCAUAAGCACAUUUACACUUACAUUUCAGUAUACAUACAUACAUUGUUAUUUAUGUAUUUUUGGAGUUAGAUUUAGCAAAACUAUUACGACUUUGCACAUCAAUAAUAAUGCUUUUAAUAGUUAAUAUUAACAUGAAA